AUGAUUGAGUCAGCUUCAAUCAAGUCGAAGCUGAACCUUAUCGACAAGGCCCGAGCUCGCGGAGCUGGAAACCAUAUCUCUCUUCCACAACUAGUUGUCUGCGGCGACCAGUCCGCGGGGAAGAGUUCAGUCCUCGAAGGCAUCACAGAGAUUCCGUUCCCCCGAAAGGAUGGCCUGUGUACCAGAUUUGCCACUGAGAUAGUUCUCCGUCACUUUACCGGGGUGGAGACCAUUACCGCAACCAUUAUACCUCACUCCUCCCGAGAUGAAGCAACAAUUAUUGAAGCUGUUGGAGCCCUCAUGGGGUUAAGGGGCUUCGUGGACCAGAAAGAUGCCCCUCCAUUUGGUCUGGAUGUUCUGCGAAUUGAGGUCGUCGGUGAGACUGGGCUUCAUCUUACUAUAGUUGAUCUACCAGGGCUCGUCUCUGGAGCCGAAGGUGACGACCGCUCUGUCGUUGAAAGUCUGGUCAAUUCAUACCUCGAGAAUCCACGCACCAUUAUCCUUGCUGUGGUCCCAGCUACCAGUGAUGUUGAAACUCAGCCAAUCAUUCGGGCAGCUCGACAAUUUGAUAACGAAGGAACUAGGACUGUUGGUAUUGUCACCAAAGUUGACCUCAUUAAUGAUGGAACUGAAGAGAGAAUCGUAGCCGUGGCCAAAAACCAAGGCCCUAUCAAGUUAAAGCUAGGUUACUAUCUGCUGAAGAACCCAUCGCCAAAAGAGAUUGAGUUUGGGAUAACUGCCGAGGAAAGAAAGAAAAAAGAACUCAGCUGGUUUCAGAAACCCGGCUGGAAGAUCUGCUCCGAGAUAACGAAGCUGCUAGAAGAUGCACAAAAAGAGGUCACCGAGCUUGGUGAAGAGCGGCCUAAUGCACAAGCGCAGAGGCUUUUUCUCUCCAAACUCAGCAUGCAGUUUCAAGGACUCGUACAAGCUGCGACUGGGGGAACGUAUCAAGGAGUUUACUCUCAGUUUUUCAACUUGAAAGCUAACAACGUCUUAGUCAAUCGAGUUCGAUCCAGGGCCCAUGAACUGAACAGCACGUUUGCCAGGAAUGAAGACAACGUGGACACAGCUUUCCCACUAGAAUGGGGGAAUCCCGAGACUCUUAUUGAUGGUGUUGAUACCUGGAUUCUGACGGUAAGUAUGCAAUUAUAUGCUCAUGCCGCGUUCUUAUUUGCUCUCAACUCUCACGCACACACCAAAAGGGUUCAUAAGUUAAUAAGCACAUUUGUUGAGCAGGCUCUCUGUCAUAUCCUCAUAGAAGACCGUGCUCGCAAUGAGUUAUGGCGGUCUAUAAAAGCUUCACUCCAGAAGAACUUGGCUGCAGCGCUUGCAGAGCUCCACAACAUUUGUGAAGAUGAGAAGAUGCCACCAAUAACGUACAAUCACUCCUAUGCUGACAAUGUCGAGAAGGCCAGACAAAAGGGUACAAAGAAUGCUAUUCAGAGUGCGCUUAAGAAGGCUAAAGGCAGCCUCGGAAGUACUUGGGGCCAAGAUUAUGACGAGAGAGAACACCAUCGCCGCCAGGUACAAGAAGCUUUGGAGGAAGAAGUCAUCUUUGAUAUGGAAAGACGGGCAUGCGAGGAAGCAAAGACUGCCCUGGAUGCUUACUACAAGGUUGCAAUGAAGACAUUCGUAGAUAAUGUUUGCCGCCAGGUGAUUGAACGGCAUCUCAUGUCCAAGCUUCCCACCAUCUUUUCUCCUACUUCGGUUCUGGAGAUGACUGAUCUAGAGAUUACGCGUAUUGCAGGCGAACCAGCUGACAGGACCCGCCGGAGGAAUGAGCUGAUGGGCAUGAUCCAGACGCUCGGUGAAUCUCUCGAAGAUCUCCAGAACUAG